AUGGCACCUGCUCUAUCAAUCGCAGAACUUAGUGGCAAUGAUGUCAAGAACUUUCAACGAUGCUUGGACUUCCGUGUACAGAUGAGAACACUUUACAAUGAUCAAGUCAAUAUGGAAGAAGUAAAGACCCUCUUAGAUGCAGCAGAACAUGAUGAGAGCGUUCUAUCAAGGGCAGCUUGGAAUGGUCUCUUCGCUUGUAUUGCUUUGUCUAGACACUCUUUCCGAUGGGGAACAAUCCCCAUAGUUAAACUUGCUCAGGAAGAAAAAGUCGUUGAUUUCCCUGCCUAUCUCGACCUUGUAUGGCUAUACCUCAAGAGACAAUACGGUGUUAUAUCUCAAGGUGGUAACGUCGCGAGUAACUACCUCUGCAACUUUGAUGAUAAAGAUCAGAUUGUCUACCCGAUCAAUCCCACAAUGGAUGAUCUCAUUCAAUCUGCCGAAUACCACUUUGGCUAUGUCUUUCCUCACAUUGAAAGAGAAGCUCUCCCAAUUUACCAUAUAGUAACUACAGCUCUUCAACAAUAUUCUAGUGGUGACCGUACCUAUUACGAAACCAUGCAUGAAUCCAAAAUUUCUCGAAAGGUUUGGAUGCACUAUGCACAAGGAUUUCAAGGCUGGGCUGCAGGUGAUAUUGACCCUGUCACCGGAGAAUAUACUGAAUACGACGGUCUUUCGGGCAAUCAAUUGUUAUUACCACAGAUCAUGGAUGCUUUCCUAGGACUUGAGAGAUACUUGAACGAGGAGAAUACACGACGCUACAUUCCAAACUUGCAACGCAAAUUCCGUGAGACAAUCGCUGAGCAUAGCUUUCGCAAUGAGGCUAAGACAAAAGGAGAUGACGAGAUCGAGGAACAAAUGAACAACAUUGUCAAGCAAAUGAGAGUUUUCAGAACAGCACAUAGAGUUAGGGUCAAGCCAUACUUGAGUGUACCCGCUCCAGAGCGUAUGAUCAUGACGGCUGGAAAGUCUGUGCUGGAGAAGGAUGAUGUUCAUGAUUACGAGUCUGCUAUUGCACCUCUGGAUAAGAUGUUGAAGGAUAGACUAUUGGCCACGAAAUAG